AUGCCUUGUAUAAACACACAGUUGCGUUGCUUUUUUAAACAGCACAAUUCUCACAACUCAGUGUGCCAGUUGUGCCUCCUGUACAUAGCUGUCCAGAAUCAGAAUAACGCUGUCACAAACCACAAACAAUUGUAAGGGUUUUAACAUAAAAUGAUAGUGAAUUAAGUAGCAUUUUGUAACAUUUCCAAUGUAUAGGACAGGGAUGAGCAACUCCAGUCCUUGGGGGCCAAAGUGGUUUCACACUUUUCCCCCAUCCCUAGCAAACACAGCUGAUUAAACGAAUUGCAUUCUACAAUGAAGAUCAUGAUUAGUUGAUUAUUGGAGUCAGGUGUGUUAGUUGAGGCAAAAGUGUGACACCAAUCAGGCCCCCGAGGACUGGAAUUGCCCAUACCUGGACUAGGAUAUAUAGAUAGGCUAGACGACAGUGUUCAGAGAGGCUAGCAAGUGAGGCUAAUCUACAGUAACUUUUCUUUCUAUUUCUCUCUGGGUUUAAAACUGGGAUCCAUCAACAAGAUGGUUAUAUCAAAGUCUGUACCAAAUCGCAUGACAUUAGGCGGAGUGAAGUAAGCUAUUAAGUUACUGCUGUGUAACAUCAGGUGCUAUUUGUUAUGUCUUACAUAUUAGCUUUCAGUGGGAGGAGAGGAAUAGGGGAAUCCAAGACGGCAGGAAGCAAAUUAUACAAAUGUAUUGAUUCAGGUUUGUAUAUGUUUUGUUUUGAAGGAGUACACACCACAAAGGACUGGUUGGCCCAUUGCCAGAUCUAUCAGUGUUUCAGGUGGCAGAGGCAUUCAGAGACUUCGACACACUGGACAAACCACUGGUGACCACCAUGGGCAUGAGCAAUGGCAAGCUUCUAGUGAAAUCUGCUUUUGGGACAUUGCAGAAGGACAGUGUCCUAUCCUAUCAGCAGCCCAUGAUGACAAGGCACAUCCAACUACAAUACGAUGAUUCACCCUGUCCACUCCUACCUCUUGAAGACUACUGA